GCUCAAUCGCAUUUGAAAAGCAAACUCCCCGUACUGUACUGCACCAGGUUUGUCUGCUGCAGGGACCCGUAGCAGCCUGACUAAAAAAAAACAUGGUGGAGAAGAAGACGUCGGCGCGCUCACAGGAGGCGAAUCAGCGGCGGAUAUUAGACCGCGCCACACGGCAGCGGCGGCUGAACCGCCAGCUCGAGGCGCUAGAGAAGGACAAUUUCCAGGACGAUCCUCACGCCAACCUGCCCCAGCUGGUCAAGCGGCUGCCUCAGUUCGACGACAGGCACGAAUCUAGUAAGAAGAGGAAAAAAACCCGAGGCGACCAUUUUAAACUACGAUUUCGCAAGAACUUCCAGGCUCUCUUGGAAGAACAGGUGAUCCCACAAGCAGAGAAAACCAAGAAUCUGAGCGUGAGUGAGGGGCCCAACUACCUGACAGCCUGCGCCCCUCCCUCCAAGCUGCCCCAGCGCCCCUUCUGCGCGGUGUGCGGGUUCCCCUCAAACUACACCUGCGUUUCCUGCGGAGCCCGCUACUGCUGUGUCAAGUGUCUGGGGACCCACCAAGAGACCAGGUGCCUCAAAUGGACAGUUUGAUGGUAACGGACAUAAAAACAAGGAGGAGCGAACCAUUUACAGACUUUGCAAGCAUUAUCCUAGAUUAAUUUAAAUAAAAAAAUAAUUAAAAAGUGGGAUGCAUGGAAGACUUCAGAAUGAUGGUGUUUAAAAUUAUUUUUAUAAUGAUUUUUUUUUUUUUUUUUAAAGCGUUUUAUUUGAAGUGGCAGGCGCUAGGGUUUGAAAAAAAGUUUAAAAUAAUAUUUAUUUAUUUUUUGCCUGUGUUAUUCUAGCAGUAUUAGCAUUUGCACUGACUGUAAACUACACUGUGUUCAAAUAUGCAUCUUGCAUUGUAAUACCUGUAAGUCAUCUUGGAUAGAGGCAUCUGCAAAUAAAGAAGUGCUGUAUAUAA